UAGUAGAUUUACCUAUGUCGUAAGAAUAAUACGAACAUUAAUUAAUUUAUACUUAAAAAAAAAUGGUUGUUAUAUUUCUGCGUUCCAUACGUUACGCAAGUACCAAGAGACAUGAAUUAUUGUGAAAUACACGUAAAAACAACCAAAUCAGACUGAUUUAAUGACACAAGCUAGAACCUAUCCAUGAGGAAUUACUUCCGAGUAUGUUGUGUGUCUGCAGCUUAUUCCUCUGAAAUUUGUCUCGAAAAUGGCGGGGUGUUCUCCCGCCGAAAUAUCGGAGGUCGCUGAAAAUAUUACCGGGCUGAAUUCCCAAAUGGCAUCGACUCCACCGGCUGUGAUUUGUGACGACUUACUGCUUUCCAUAUUUUCCUUCCUGCCGAUCCCAGACUUGGCUCGGUGUGCUGCCGUGUGCCAGCAGUGGCACAAAAUUGUGACAGGAUUUACACACCUGUGGAAGGGGAAGAGGUACGUCAGUGACAGAAGUCCGAGGGAAUCUGACGAGACACGUGCAAUCUUGAGCACUCUGCCGCCGUUGCAGGAAGUCAUCGUCAAGCAGCACGUCAAUUUCGAGGUGGACAUUUCCUACCCCCGUAUGGUUGUGUCGGUGACCAGCAUUUCCGACUUGGGAGCCACGCGGGGCUACCAGAGACUGACGUGCGCGUACCUGUCGACUAAACUCGACAUCGCGGACAGCACCCUCUCCCCCCGCUCGCCUGUCGACCUGGCGGCGCUCCGCAAGCUGCGGAUCGUCAGGGCGAUCCCGACGCUCGAGCCCGACGCCAGGGCGGAGUACGCGGUCAGUUCCGCUCUGCACCUGUGCCCGAAUCUCAGAGAGCUGAGCGUGUACGUAGACUCCAUGUCGGCGGACUGCCUGGAAGGUUCGGAAGGGAUCGGCCGGUUGCGGACGCUCGAAAUACGGUGCCCCCACCUGAAAGAACUUUCGUUCCUACGACACUGCUCGGCCACGCUGGAGGAACUGGAACUGAAAGGUUGCUCCGACCUGCCGUCCGCCGCGUACGCGGAGCUCCGGCACCUCGGGAACCUGCAGAGGCUGCGGCUGCGGGACUGCUGCGUGCUGGGAGACGACCUGGAGGCAGCCGUGACGGGUCUGAGGUCCCUCGCGUCCCUGCAGCUGGUCGACUGCGUAUUCGUCUCCGACCUGUCCUUCCUGCGCCGUUGCGACCGGCUGCGGGAACUCCGCGUCGAAGCCGAGGACGCGCCGGUCGCGGGCCUGCGACACCUCCCCGCCAGCGUCCGCUCGCUCUGUCUGGUCGGCGACACCGUGACCGCGGAGGACCUGUCCGAGCUGCUGCCGCGCCUGCCGCUGCUCGAGGAGCUGGACCUCUGCCGCGCGGAGCUGGCCCACCUGGGCUUCCUGCGGCACUGCCCUCGGCUGCGCCGCCUCUGCCUCGAGUUCUCGACGUGGUCCGACGAGUGGGAGCUGUCGAACCUGCACCACUUGACGCAGCUCGAAGUCCUGGACCUGAGGAGGUGCGCGGUGGACGCGGACGUCCUCUCCGGAGUUAUGCCGUCACUGCCGCGACUGCACGCUCUGUCGCUGGCUCACGUGGAGGACGUGAUCCACUUGGAGUUCCUCGGGUGCUGCCCGCAGAUUCGUAAAUUGUCACUUUUUAAUGCCUUCGGAUGGGAGUUGGAGGCCUACCGGGAACUCUGCCACCUGAAAAAUCUGCAGCACUUGUAG